AUGGUUGACUUCUGGAAGGCCAAAAAAGAUGAGCCGGUUGUCAUUAUUCUCCAAUAUGCUAUGGUUAAACGAUGGGGAGCACAUGUGAAUUUACAAAAUUCACUUUUUACAAGUAAACUCAUAAUAAAUGAAGAUAUGGAUGCGAUAGUUGAAUUCAUGAAUAAUAUGGAUGAGAUAGUUGAAUUCAUGAAGAGUUUGAAGGAAAUGUCCAAACCUAAUUCAGUAUCAUAUUCUUCAAGAGAUUAUUGCAUUAAUGGAUCGGCUUCUGUUAAUGAGGACUUCCCUACAAAUUUGGAGUUCAAAACCAUCAGUGAUUUGCAAGCUAUAAAUGAAGAGUGUUCAUGCGUUGUUUAUUGCAACAUAUGCAACAUUCAAACCAGUCAGAAUUGGUACUACAUGGCUUGCAACAAAUGUUACCAUAAGGUUACCGAACAAGGAGGCAAAUGUUGGUGUAAUCAUUGUGAUUGUCGUCCUAAUGCUGUUCUCACUCGUUUCAAAGUCCACGUCCGCGUUGAAGAUAAAACCUGUUCUACGUCAUUUGUUCUCUUUGAUCCACAAGUUUCUCCAAUAUUGGGAAAGAGUUCCGCAGAUCUUAAAAAUGCAUUGGAAGCAAUUGGUGAUGGCGAUUCAUUUCCAAAUGAGUUGGAAAUAUUGACGAUGAAAAGUUAUCUUUUCAAAAUAGACAUAAAAAGGUACAAUCUAAACCAAUCAAAAAGGGUUUAUACAGUCGCGAGACUCACCGCUAACGUAACUAUUAUAUCUAAGUGGUGCGAUUUGAUUUGUGAGGAAGCGAAUAUUAAUACUGCCAAAACUCCCAUGGAUGUAUUUGAGAAUCAAGAAAAUGUCAUUGACCUCGAAUUGAGUACUGUGUCAUCUGUUGCUGACAAUGCAAAAAUAGGUGAAGCUACUCCCUCUUCUAAAAAGUGUCUCUCUGGAGAUAUCAACCACGAGGAUGGUGGUGAUGGUGUGCCGCAUUCCCAAGGUUCAUGCAAUGGAAAAAAUGUGAAAGUGAAGAUUGAAAAAAUGCACGAUUGA